UAGCGAGCAAAAAAAAUGCAAACGAAAGAAGUUUAAAGAGUUUUUAACAAGAACUUAGUUACCAAAUUUGGCAUGUUGAAACUGUUUUAUUUUCAUUAAACAGAGUCAAUUUGUGGAAUGUUUUACUCCAAAACCAUUAUUUGGUUAAAAGUCUACCUAAAUAUGCGUUUUUAGACGAGCAAAAAAAUGCAAACUUUUUUAUUGUUUGCAUUUUUUUUGCUCGCUACUGUACAUUAACAAUGCUCAUGAACCGAAUAAUUAGAGGCAGCUACACUUUGGUUGGAUGAACGUUAUGUAUUAAAGAGGAAAUCAGUUGUGUUUUAGUAUCGGGGUAAAUUGGUCAUUUUUAUUUUAAAUAAGAAUAAAGAAACUUAUAUCACGUAUCAUGUACUUUUGCUUUAAAAAUUUAUUUCUUUAUUUUUGUUGAAAUUAAGCACUCAUAAAACAAGAUAUAUACAGAAUACAAGGCAGAAAACAAAAUUACAAAAAGAGUUCUAUCAGCAAAUGGUAAAAAGAGCAAAUUAAAGAAUUAACAUAAUAUGAAAAAAGAAACAGACCCAAGGGACCCACUACUGCAAAAAGUACUACUCAGAGGAUAUCAAAGACAUGAUAUCAUAAUUUUAAAUAAUUUCGAGAAUAUCACACAAUUAGACGUUAACGAAAAUAAUAUAGAUUAUUUAGACUUGAGCACAUUGAAAAAGCUACAAGUUUUGCAUUGCAGCCGGAAUUCACUGAGCGAACUUAUUGUUGACGGCCUUGAUCUUGUAAGGCUUACUGCAACAUAUAAUGAUUUAACAAAAAUAUUAACUCUAUCAGAACCUAGCAAACUGGAAUACUUGGACAUUAGUUUUAAUAAAUUAAACGAAUUGCCAUCAUGGUUGGAUAAAUGCAACAGUCUACAACACUUAUUCGCCAAUGAUAACAUUAUCGAAAAGAUUACUUCUCAAAUUAUUAACAACGAAAAUAUUUCACUUCAAAUUUUACAAUUGGCCAACAAUAAGUUUACUUCAUUUCCAGAUUUUACUAAAGAAAAAAUAAGUCUCCGAACUUUUUGCGUUCAAUGCAACGAAUUAAAUAGUUUACCCAACAAUUUAUUUUCAUUUUGUACUGAACUUACAAGUCUUAAUGUAUCCCAUAAUAAACUUCAAUUCCUGCCUGAAAUUGAAGAUGGAUAUUCACUAAUAGAAAGUUUUUUUGCCACUAACAAUCUUUUAGAUAACAUGUCCCUCGGCGUUAUCAAAAAUUUAAGAAAACUUAAAGUUCUUCAUCUGGCCUACAAUAACUUUACAAUCUUACCCGAUGCAUGCAUGUACAAUUGGGCCGAUCUAGAAGAGCUGGUGAUUUCGGGAAAUAAGUUAAAACAACUUCCAGAUGCAAUUUCAUCUCGCAAAAAAUUAAAAGUGCUGAGGUUACACUCGAACUUGAUUACAUCCUUACCUGACCUUUCAAACUUAGACAAACUUCAAGUAAUUGAUUUAGCUCAUAACCACCUCAGCAAAAUAAAUUUGGAAACCAUACUGCCAGAAAAUGUGAAAUUUUUAGAUUUAUCAUGCAACCCGGAAAUCCAAGUAGAUACAGGUCAACUAAAAACGUUUCAAGCUAAAAGAUCUAUUAGCUUUGUUGAUGUUACAGGCAAAAAUCGUUUUUCCUUGCCAACAUCAGUUUUAUUUAAUAACCAAACAAAAUCCUUUUUUUCACCAUGGGAACUAGGAUUUUCAGAGUCAUGCGGUAAUUGCCCAAAACUUUGGGUAAGUCAGCUCAGACUACCUCAAUUUUGUAAUAAUGAAGGUCUUUUUGGAAUGUUUGAUGGGCAAACAAGCAAUAGAGUGAUGAGCUUACUUCCCAAAAUCAUACCAACAAUUCUCCUAGAAAAUCGGGCAAAUCAAAGUCAUUCUAUUGAAUACAUGAGGUGUACCCUUAUAUCAGCCUACGCAAAACUUAAGAUUAAUGAACCAUUUUUUGGUGAUUGCGCAAUCUUAUGUCACAUAGUUAAGGAACAAACUUGCCAUGAUGUUUCGGAAAAAGUUCGAAGAUCAAUAAAGUACACUCUCCGAGUUGCGGUCAUUGGAGAAAGCACAGCUUUUCUCAUAAACAAACAAGGUCCAUUUAAAAUUCCACCUUCGAAAAAACACGACUUCCAAAAAUAUGAGAGUCUUCCGAAAUCAACAAAUGAAACAGAUGUUUUUGAAAUGACUUUGAAUGCAGACGAUGAAUUUUUGGUAAUUUGCAGCAAAAAUAUUUGGGAUACAGUUCCCAUAGAAACAGUAAUUCAAGAAAUACAAAAAGAGCAAAAGCUUGUUCUUGCCGCAAAAAAAAUUCAGGAUUUGGCGCAAAGUUUUGGAGCAGACCAAAACUUAAGCAUUAUCAUUUUAAAAUUUCAAAACGUGGAAUCCUACAUAGACCGGCUCAUAAGCGAACUCAAACAAAGUGUUCGUAAAAAAUCGGGUAUUUUCAAUCAUUCCAGGAGUGAUAUUAAUAGUGAGCGGAGUUCUCCAAUAGGUCAGUCAGAUCAAGAAAUCAGCGAAUUGAGUGUUUGUUUGAAACGCAUAGAUUUAAGUGAUCAAUGCCUUGCAGUUUGUCGAUUUUCUUGCAAUCAAUCUCAAUGUGGGGAUGAAAAUAUUUCUAGAGUACUCGAAGAAAAAGAAACUGAUAUAACUGAAAAUGAUUCGCUUUUAUCCGGAGAGCAAUAUAAGUGCUGGGAAUAUAUGUUAGAACAAAAUACUCAAAUGCUCUUUGAUAAGGAAUUAAACAAAAUAACGAAUUUGAUCACGAAAAAAGAAAAUUCUUCAAGAAGUAUUAAUUUAAAUAGCAGCAAAAGCUCUACCCACAUUGAUUUAAUGCAUUCAGCAGCUAAAAGCAAAAUAUCGUCGAGUUUUUCGCAUCUUCAUCAUAGUAAAGCUGAAGAAUAUCCAUUUUAUGAAACAAAAUUCAUAGAGUCAACACCUUUUAGUUCAAUUUCAUCUAUGAAGCAGUUUUCUUCAGUGAAAUCUAAAAAUUUGAAUUUAAUACACCGACCAACAGCCGUUGAAAAUACAAAUUUAAGAUAUUUUGGGUCUCUACAACUUUUACCCUAUAAAUUUGAGAAAGAGUAUGCAGUCAUUAAAGAUGAUCAGAAAGUGAGUAACGAUUCUGUGGAAUAUAUAAGCCGAAUGAGCCAAUAUUGGGGAGUGACAUCAACAGAAUUAUAAUUUUAAAAAUUAAAUUUUGUGCAAAAAUGGAAAAGUAGAGAAUUUUGUAAAAAAAAAACUAAACUUAUAAAUUGUUAUACAUUUUUAGUGUUAAUUUAAAACUAUGCUCUGUAUCAGAGAUACCCGGAAGGAGAUGAGAAACUCCUGACGUAAUACUGGUUUGCCUACAAGAUCGGAUUGAUACUUUUGGAUAUGGUUAAAGGAAAUAAAAACAACACGAAAUAAACAAAUGGCUUUUGCGAAGUAAAACGUACGAAAGAUUCCGAUCUACUUCUGGGCAGAUAUACCCAGCCAAAAGCCUCAAUCUUUACACGCAUACUUAGCCGAAAGAAUCAAUCCGAGCUUGUAGGCAAACCAGUAUGACGUCAGAAUUUUCCCAUCUUCUUCUGCGUAUCUCUGGUCUGUAUCUUCAAAUGAAUAUAAUUACAAAGUUGGCCCAUAUGUGGCCUAACCUUAUACAAUGGCUAAAGGAUAAAUUAAUAAAUAUCGUACAUGAAUAAGCUUAA